CCAGUUGAUGUAGCUAAGUCCAUGCUUAGGCGCCUUAAGGAGAUCUGGCAAGGUGACCCGGUGCAGAGGGCUUACGCUUUAAACAUUGGUGCAGGGGCUGCUGUCACCCGGGCAGUAUACUUGCGCGUGGUCCGAGAGUUUGGCCUUCCUGAUGCAGCAACUGAACUGUUAAAGUAUCCUGCGGUAUAUUUUCCUAAUGAGCAUCUUGGCAUCGAUAGCCCGACAUUCCCAAAACGUCAGCCAAACUCUCGACGGACCACUCCAGUCAAGGAAACCAACAUCCUGAGCCUGGAUCCUUUCAGGAAUUUCAGCCCACCUCUCCCACCUCCUCCUCCUCCUUACCAUCUCCCUCCAACGCCCAGGAGGGACCGCGCACAGCCCAGUGAAAAGAAAGAAGACAGCCAGCCUACCUCAUACUGUGCUUUGCGUGCUAACCUGCAGCCACAUUCUGGUUCUCGAACUUCAGAACAGGCGGUCCAGGCCACCAUCAGGGCUAUAAACUGCGAGGAGCCCCCUGACAACCAUGUGACCCUCGAGGAGCAGAGUUCCAAAAGUUUGGUAAAAGACUUGAUGCCUGACAUUGCCAUGGCAGCUGGGUCAAAGCAGAAUUUGAGCUCCAAGGACCCCGAGCUGUGUAAGCCCAUCACUGACUCUGUUCGAGAUUCUACAGAGCCCCCCAUGGAAUCAUCUGAACCGCUCUGCGCAAACCGCGGUAUCAGUAAGUACAGCUUAAGGAAGAAGAAACACUCACGAGGUCAGAAGCCUCGAAGGCACAUAGACUUCUGGAACUAUCCUGAUUUUUAUGAUUUUUCCCCUGAAGAUUCUUGCCAGACCUCCAUUUUGUCCCAAAAGUUGCCUUCUCCUUCUCCUUCCCCUUCAAAGGGCCUUGCUUUCUGUCAGGACUUGAAGAAUAAUUCCAGGUUCCCUCCUGGCUUGAAGCAAGGCCAGAUCACCCCCACAUCACCAUCCAAAAGGAAAGAGGCCUUGAGCAGUGAAUCCGUAGAUCCUCAGGAGAAACCUGAACUUAAGAGGACUUUGGUAAAACUUGACCCAUCGUCUACAGUUGAGGUUGUCCAUUGUACUGCUGGCACGGAUUUGACCCAUGGUUUACCAGCUCAUGAGGAACGGCUGCUUGACACCCAUCAGCAACUUGGAAGGUCUGACCAGCAACUGCCUUUGGAUCCAGCUAGUUAUAAAGCCACCUCUGGUGGGACUCUAAUGGGGACGGACUUGAUACAUGGCUUGCCAGCUGAAGGGCAGAUACCCAGACCUAGACUCGCGUCACCAAUCAAGUGCUCGUUUCUCACUUGCGAGCUACCAGCUUCUCAGUCAAGACAACGGAACUCCCCACAGACCACAGUAAAAUCGGACAGCCUUUCUUCCCCGGAGCCGAGCUGUUGCGAUUACCUUUACCGGAGGGGUGGGAAUGGUGUGGCAAUGACAACGGAUUUGACUUGCAGUCUUCCUACCAGCCCCAGUGUUGGUAUGCCAUUAAUCUCAGUUAUUGAGGAUUCCUCUGGAAGAAGACUAGCUGACACAAACCUCCUCUCACCAUCAAACUGUUGCAUCACCCAUAGCGUUAACUCCAAGAGACAACCGAGUAAAUCAGAGACUAGAGACUUUCCUUACAAAAAAUCAGCUCUAUAAAUCUGAUAUUUGUAUUCCUGGUCUGUUACAUUUUAUAUUUCUUUCUUUUCUUGCCCCUACCCCACCUUCUCCAAAGGGUGUCCAGUACGUGAAAAUAAAUGAUAUGGUGCAACUAGA